GCUGGCUGGUUUCCGGUGGGAGCCGCCGUUGCCGCCGCCGCUGCUGUCGCCGAGGCCGGGGGGGGGGGCGGGAGGAGCCCGGCGGAGCCGCCGCGCCGCGCGCUGAUCCUGGGAUCAACAUAUUCAUAGCUGUUGCUACUACUCUUGUCCCAGCAAUGGCAGCUUCCAGCAGCAGCAGCAGUGAGGAGGAGCGUAGUCUUCGAGAAUGUGAACUCUAUGUCCAAAAACACAACAUCCAGCAACUUCUGAAGGAUUGCAUUGUGCAGUUAUGUACAGUGCGACCUGAAAGACCCAUGGGAUUCCUCAGGGAAUACUUUGAAAGAUUGGAGAAGGAAGAAACAAAACAGUUGUUGAAUCAACAGAAGUCUGGUUCGCGUUCAGACUCGCGGGAGGAUGAAAUCUCUCCUCCUCCUCCUAUGAACCCUGUGGUUAAGGGUCGAAGAAGGCGUGGGGCCAUCAGUGCAGAAGUCUAUACAGAAGAGGAUGCUGCAUCUUAUGUUAGAAAGGUUAUUCCAAAAGAUUAUAAGACUAUGGCUGCUUUGGCAAAAGCUAUUGAGAAGAAUGUGCUGUUUGCCCAUCUUGAUGAUAAUGAAAGAAGUGACAUCUUUGAUGCGAUGUUCCCCGUCACCUACAUUGCAGGCGAGACUGUGAUACAACAAGGUGAUGAAGGUGAUAACUUCUAUGUUGUUGAUCAAGGAGAAAUGGAUGUUUAUGUGAACAACGAGUGGGCAACCGGCGUUGGUGAAGGUGGGAGCUUUGGAGAGCUUGCCCUUAUAUAUGGAACCCCCCGAGCGGCAACUGUCAAAGCAAAGACAAAUGUGAAGUUGUGGGGCAUUGACAGAGAUAGCUACAGAAGGAUCCUGAUGGGGAGUACUUUAAGAAAGAGAAAAAUGUAUGAGGAAUUCCUUAGUAAAGUAUCUAUACUAGAAUCUUUGGACAAGUGGGAGCGUCUCACUGUAGCUGAUGCAUUGGAACCAGUACAGUUUGAAGAUGGGCAAAAGAUUGUGGUCCAGGGAGAGCCAGGAGAUGAGUUCUUCAUUAUCUUGGAGGGAACAGCUGCAGUGUUACAGCGUCGAUCAGAAAAUGAAGAAUUUGUUGAAGUGGGCAGGCUGGCACCUUCUGAUUAUUUUGGUGAAAUAGCUCUGUUGAUGAACCGUCCUCGUGCUGCCACAGUUGUCGCUCGCGGCCUGUUGAAAUGUGUAAAGCUUGACCGACCCCGAUUUGAACGUGUCCUGGGUCCAUGCUCGGAUAUUCUCAAACGAAACAUCCAGCAGUACAACAGUUUUGUAUCAUUGUCUGUCUGAAAUUUUCCUCACUAUUGAAAACAUGCUUCACAAAUGCAGACUGCUUUAUUACCCUUGUGCAGAGCCACAUUGCCACUGGCAUUUGCAGCUUCCUGUCUGUUUUAAAAAGAGAGAGAGGAAAAAAAAAGCUUUUCAUGGCACUAUUUUUAAUUUAGAGCAUAUUAGUUCUGUGCUCUGUCCCAUUAAAUAAGAAAAAUUUCUAUGGAGACUUUUGCUGUUACAGCUUCUCUCUGUGCAACAUAGUGUCCAACUUGGGCAAAUGCAGCCUUGCUUUAGUGAGGGAGAGAUCUCCUGACGCCUUGCCAAUUGCCAUAGAGUAAGGAGGUAAGAAUGGAAAAAUUUUUAAGAUGUUUUUCUAAUUGUUGCACAUACUUUAAGGCUAUGGUCAUAAUCUACUGUAUUUCCCUUCAAAUGAGAACUGCCCUUGUAACUGAGCUUUCUGUUUUUAAUUUUUGGGGUACUGUAAUCCUGGGUUCAAUUGUGAGGCAUCAGCUGCUGAAGAAAGCUACGGUUGGAAUUUAACAGUAUCUUUGUUCCUGUGUCUGCUGGCUUAAGAUUGCUUAGUUACGUUUUUGUCAAGUGUAAAGUAAACAAAGCUUUCAAGGUUUAUAGUUCUGGUGAACUACUGGAGUUGUUACUUAAUUUGCUGACUUGCCACAACUAACUUUUUUUUUCUCUUCAGCUGUAGAUUUACCAUUUAAAAUUUUUUCUCUUCAAAGUGGCAAGAACCAAAUGUUCCCUUAAAUGCCUAACUUUGGUCUCUAGUACAUAGACUGGCAUACAAAUAGCACAGCUAUUCAGCUGUUACUAAUAUUAAAAUACUAGAUUGGUGCAGGAAUUGGAAGCAUAUGUUUUAUUUUCCCUGUGAUUCUUGCUUGCUUACAUAUUCCUCGGCUGACUUUUUUUAAUGAUUGUCAGCUCACCCUUUGAUACCAGGUAAAACAACUUUGAGUAUUUAUGGCCAGCAUCAGUUGCAGGAGAGAUCAUCGCUAGUCCAUUUAGAUACCAUGAUUCUUGGUAGAAAAUGUGAGGCAGAAAAAAUGAAUGUUCCAACUUCUCAGCAACAUUCAGUUAUUUUAGGUAUGUUUUUCUUUUAAAUCAAUCAAUUUAUAAUUUUUAAACUUGUUAAUUAUAAAUCGAGUCUAAAUACAAAAGGUGCAGUCUUUCGUUGCUUAUCCAAUUAACAUGGCACAGAUAUUUCAUACUUGCGCUCUUUUUCAAGUCCAGUAUGUUGCGGAGUCUUAAACGUAUUUAAGUAUUUACCAGCUUUGUGUUACAUUAUUCUGUGCGCACCAAUAUUUCCCAAAAGUUUUUACUGAAUUCCACGGUUCAAUAAUGGUAGGCAAUUUUUAAGGUUUCCUUUAAACUGUAAUUUAUAUAAAGUAGCGUAGGUUUGUAUUUGGGAGUGACAGCAAGCAGUUUUGCAUUUGUUGUGCAACUACUUCUAACAGCGGAGCCCUUGUUUUCUUUCCUUCCCAAGGUGAUAUGGAUUCAAAUUCAACAGACUUUUCGGGCUUGUAGAUGAUUAGAGUCUACAAACUGAUGCAAAAUAAUAACACUGAGGGUAUCAGGCCUUUACAAAAGAUUUUAGGAUAUUUCUGACUGUGAAAUCCUACUAGUGGGAUUUAAAUGCUUAUGUGGUGCAAAUUUUCUAUUCAGAAAGUGUUGAAUAGAGGAUUUUGGCCAGAACCUAUAAUGAAUGAGCAAAUUUUACCUUUUUUGGUGAAACAAUUUUAUUCAGUUUUGACUGUCAAAGUUUUUUUUUCUUCAUGUGUUCUUUAUGUUACUUGGAAGCACCAAAAACCGUGUGAACUAGUUAGAGCUCCACAAAAAGUGCACAUUUUUUUUUUAAAAUACAAAGCUUUCUAAUCAAGUUUCAGUACUGCAUCUUUUAGCUUGCUGAUUACUCCCUUUUGUAGUUUUACCUACAAGAUUUUAAGAUAAAUCAGCUAAGUCUGAGUUAAAUAUUAAUCACAGUUAUAGCUUUACCUUUGUGUGCAAUUUAAAUACGUUUCAAACCACGAUUGGCAUAAUUUUGCCUUAGCUAACAUUCGGGGCUUUAGAAGUAAUUCUUUUGCUAGUCUACCUUUAGCAAAUCUAUGAAGUCUAUCGCCCUAGAAAGCUAUAGUCAACCAGAGGACCAUUUUUGUAUUGUUACCUGACGAUAUAAGUCUGAUUUACUGUAUGUGCUAAUAUAUUAUAUUCCUUUUGUUAUAGAUUGUCCUAAUGGCAGGUAAAGCAAUAAAAUGAUUUAAAUUCUUAAA